AUGGAUCUCAUCAAUCCCUAUAUGCGUCAUCACAGUUUCGCCGCUGCCGCCCAGAGCAGUCCACCGUCGGCGGCACAGCGUCAUCAUUUGGCCGCAGCAGCUGCUGCGGGAUUGACCAACGGAUUCGCCGAUGUUCACGCUCAUGCAAUGGCCGCGGCGGACUAUCAACAGCAGUUGGCGGACUAUCACAGUGCGGCGGCAGCAGCGGCUGCCUACGCCAGCAGCAACAACAACAACAACAGCAACAAUAACAACAACAACAGUCCCUUGAUGCUGCUGAAGGCGGCACAGGGCGUUGCAGCUGGCGCCCGACUGGAGGCGAAGUCAUCAGCCGAGGAUUCGCCGUCGACAACGCCACCGCCUGCCUCGUCGCGCCUUCACUCGGAAUCGUCACCCUCGCCACGCUACGAGCACAAUUCCAGUCCCGGCGUGGACAGCGCCAAGUCCUUUGCAUUGAGCCAACGGAGCAGCGGCGGCGAGGAUCAUUGCCAGAACAGCGAGUCCAGUCCGCCACCUCCCGAUUAUAGUCCAGAGAACUUGACCAGUCGCAAGUAUCAGCAUCCAAACAGCGGCCUCAAUCCGCUCAGCCUGCACAACAACAACAACAACCACAUUAACAACAACCUUAGUGGCAACCAUCACAAUAACAACAACAACAACAGCAUGGAACACAAGAUCCCAUUGAGUUUUCUGGGUCCGCCGCUGGCGGCGCUGCAUUCCAUGACCACAGAAAUGAAGACUGCCCAAGGCGUUGCCGCCGGAGUUGGCGGUGCCGGCAGUGGAGUAGGUGCCUCCGGAAAUGGCCUGGGCUAUGGCCACAGUCCCAACUCGCAUCUGAUCAGUGACCGGGUGACAGGCUCCAGCUCCAGCAGCUCGACAACAACAAACUCACAAGGCGCCGCCAAUCCACAUGGCAUCGAUACGAUACUAUCGAAACCACCGCCGGUGACAUCGGCGGGUCUAAGUGCUUUAACGGGAGCAGGAAUUCCACGCUUCUCCAUUGCCGCCGCUGCGGCGGGCAUGGCCCAAUAUCUAUCGCAGAGUCAGGGGACUCCACUGAAGACGCACGCUGGUCACAUCGUGGAUCGUACGCAUCUGUACUGGCCGGGACUACAGGGUCUCGUGGCGAAUCCGAUAGCGUGGCGCGAACGUCUAUCGAAUACAAUGUCCGCCAAUCUGUCACAGUCGCAUCAACAUCAUCCAUCGAGCGAUAAGGAUGGUAAAAAGAAACACACCCGCCCAACAUUUAGUGGUCAGCAGAUAUUCGCCCUGGAGAAGACAUUCGAGCAAACCAAAUAUCUGGCUGGACCAGAGCGUGCCAAGCUCGCGUAUGCCUUAGGAAUGUCCGAGUCGCAGGUUAAGGUUUGGUUUCAAAAUCGUCGCACCAAAUGGCGCAAACGUCAUGCGGCGGAAAUGGCAACGGCUAAGCGGAAACAGGACGACAUGGGUGGCGACAACGACGGCGACUGCAGUGAGACCAUGGACAGCGACAAUGAGAGCCUGGACAUGGGUGAAUCCCCAGUCCAAAGUAAAAGGAGUCGCAGCAGCACCAGCUCCCAACAACAACAACAGCAGCAGCAGGAUAAUUAUCGUCAUUAAAACGAAUUUACAAAAUGGCUAAGGAUAUGCAUACACAAAUACAUACAACAAAACGAAACGAAACAAAACAAAAGAACAACAAUAUUAAGCGUCAGCUA